AGGCCGUCUCUUCUACCGGUCGGUUUUAUUUCAACCGACGACGAGAAUUUCAAACGAAGACAGUUUUGCUUAUGACAUAGACCUGUGUGCAGUAAUUACGCAUUUUUGCAAUCGUACAGAAAUAUAUAUUAUGUAUCAUUUUCAUUUACGUUUUGCUACAAGUUACUGUGCUCAGUUGUUAACUGUGAUUUUUCCUCGUAGUGCGACAUAUGUACCUUUGACAAUCCAAGGAUUUUAAAGUACGAGACCUCAUCCCGCUUGAUAUCACACAAUGAAGCCAUUCCUUAAACAGCUGUUCGUUGUGAGUGGCGCAGCGUUGAACAUCGCCGGACACGGCUGCGCGCACGGCUAUCCAGCAGUGUUAUUUGCGCAGUUGCGCAGCUCGAGAGAGAUUCAGCUGACGGAUCAUGAUACUUCUUGGAUCGCUUCGGUAGUAGGCGCCAUGGGCAUAGUGGGCAACUUCGUAUCACCCGUUUUGAUGACUCGCUUUGGACGUCAGAAGGCACAUCUCCUCUGCACCAUUCCUGCCCUACUUGGAUGGGUUGUUUUCGUUCUGGGAAACUCUGUUCCUGCUUUCAUAUUGGCCAGACUCCUGCACGGGUUCGCUCUAGGCCUAAGGACACCAGUAGCACCUAUUCUAGUCGCAGAAUAUACAGAUCCAAAAUACCGAGGAGCAUUUCUUGGUAGUUUCGCAGUGUCUUUAGGACUCGGUAUAUUUUUGUCACAUUUGUGGGGGGCACAACUGUCGUGGAAAAUGACAGCAGUAGUCUGCGCAAUGUUUCCUUUAAUAUCUAUGGCAAUUAUCAGCCUCUCGCCAGAAUCGGCAAGUUGGUUGAUAUCUAAAGGGAAUUUUGAAGAAGGAAGGAAAGCAUUCCGAUGGGUGAGAGGAGAAGGCGUCGAACAGAAUGAGGAAUUGGAAGCCAUGAUUGAAAGUCAGAAGAAAGAAUUAAAAUUGUCUGAACAAAGAAGAAAAGAAGCAAAAUUCUCUUGGAACGGACUUAUGAAAAGCGUAAUCAACGCUUUGAAAGAAGUACUAAGGAUUUUCAAGAAAAAAGAAUUUUAUAAGCCUGCAAUAAUAGCUAUAACUAUGUUGAUUAUUUUCGAAUUCGGGGGCGCUCAUAUGGUGCCUGCUUAUGGAAAUCAUAUAUUGCAAGCUGUAUUAAACAAGGAAACACCAGAAGAAGUGGCUUUGCAAUUUACUAUAAUAGAUAUGUUGAGAACAAUUUGUGCGCUGUUAGCAAUAUUUCUGCUCAAGUAUUUUAAGAGAAGAACGAUACUGUUUACAAGUGGAGUGAUGACCGUUAUAUCCCUAUCCUCUAUCUCUGUCUUUAUCUAUAUUAGGAACGCUGGACUCUAUAUAGAGACGUGGUUUACAAGCAUUUUACCAAUGUCUUUAAUGGUAUUGUAUACUUUGUCAUUUUGUUUAGGUUUAGUACCAUUAAAUUGGGUUAUUUGUGGGGAAAUAUUUCCGUUAGCCUAUAGAAGUUUGGGAUCAACCUUGAGUACGUCAUUUCUGACUCCGUCUUUCGUUGUUUCUAUGAAAACUGCUCCGCAUUUAUACUCUUCAAUAGGAGUUGAAGGGACUUUUCUAAUAUACUCAGCUACUUUAGUCAUAGGUCUUAUUAUUUUAUUCAUAAUGUUGCCAGAAACGAAAGACAGGACUUUGCAAGACAUUGAAGAUAGUUUUAAAGGUAGAAACGAUAUUGAAAUGGUUGAACAAGAAGUGCAAGAGAAGUUAAUAGAAAAUAAAGACUUGGUCGUUGUAAAAUGAGGUUUUGUUAACCUCACUUUUUAGGUUGACAUGACCUUUGUUCAGAAUGAAUAUGUGUAUGUGUUAAGGUAACUG